GGACAAUUUUAUUUUAUUUUAAUAUAUUUAUUUUUGGAUAAUAUUCCAAUUAACAUUUGGAAUCAAUCGGCAAAUAAAUCUAAAACCCUAGAAUGAAAGGGGUUUAAGAUUCCUUCCUUACUUUCUUUCCACUCAUCAGAGUUACAGAUUCACAGUGAGUGCAGUAAUUGUACGGACAUGGAGAAGUCUUUGGUGGAGUUGGACGUAGGCACCACCUGCUCCUCCUGGAACUAUUCCGGCACCAGAUUAGCUGCUGCUUCCAACGAUGGCUUCCUUUCUAUCUUCGACUCCCCGGACCCUGCUUCCUCCUCAUUCACCCGCUCUUCUAAAUCUAGGGUACACGACAAUGGAGUUGUCAAAGUUGUUUGGGUUCCUCCGGAAUAUGGUGAUGCAGUGGCAUGUGUUUGUAUGGAUGGAACAGUGUCGUUGUGGGAGGAGGUUGUAGAAGAUGCGCAACCUCUUCAGUGGAAGCUUUGCAAAACCUUUAAAAGCAAUUCAUCUCAAGUGCUGGAUAUCCAAUUUGGAAUUUCUCAAUCUGGCUUAAAGAUGGUUGCUGCUUAUUCAGAUGGCCAUAUCAAAGUCUACGAGCUCUUAGAUCCCUUGGAACUGAAGAAUUGGCAACUUCAGGCCGAAUUCCAGAAUGUCAGUGAUUCAGUUUCUACAUUGGGCAAAGCUUCGUGUGUGUCUGCAUCUAUUUCAUGGAAUCCACCAAGAGGGGAAAGCCAGGAAUCAAGUUUUGUUUUGGGUUUCAAUUCAGAUACACCACAACUUAACUCCUCCAAGGUAUGGGAAUUUGAUCAAGCUCAUCAAAGAUGGCUUCCGGUUGCAGAAUUGGCUUUGGAUGGCAACAAGGGUGAUCAGGUCUACUCUGUUGCCUGGGCACCAAAUAUUGGCAGGCCAUACGAGAUAAUUGCUGUUGCCACCCACAAGGGGAUCGGACUAUGGCAUCUUGGAUUGACCCCUGACACAAAUGGAAGACUCUUGGUGGAGCAAGUUGCAUUGCUGUCCGGCCAUGGAGGCGAGGUGUGGCAGAUGGAAUGGGAUAUGAGUGGAAUGACCUUGGCAACCACGGGAAAUGAUGGAGUUGUUAGGUUGUGGCAAUCGAAUUUGAGUGGCGUUUGGCAUGAACAGGCUACAUUUGAACCCACCAAUUAGUCUCUUGAGUUCUCUCCUUGGCUUGUUGUCGCUGUGGUGUAUACUUACGUUUUGUUUUUAUUUGAUUUUUUCUUUCUUUCCAAAGUGCAUAGACUGUAUUAUGAGCAAUCUGAUUGUAGAGAAUUGCUACAUUUAUUUAAGUUAUAUUGGCAUUGGUGUCUCUUUAUUACAAAAUUUCUCCCGCUUGGCUGGAAUUU